GUGGGCGGGGCCAAGCUGGUUGCUAGGGGGCUGGCCUUCAAGGUCUCUCCCCACAGAGGACCCAGGUGUCUGGGGAGGCAACAUGGUGGGCUCUGGGAUCCCAGCUUUGAGCCUCUUCCUACUGAUACAGGGCUCAGUAGAUGGGAAUGGAAUCCAGGGGUUCUUCUAUCCCUGGAGCUGUGAGGGAGACAUAUGGGACCGGGAGAGCUGUGGGGGUCAGGCAGCACUGGAAAACCCCAAUCUCUGUCUGCGUCUCCGAUGCUGUUACCGAGAUGGGGUCUGCUAUCACCAGCGGCCGGAUGAAAACAUGCGGAGGAAGCACAUGUGGGCGCUGGGCUGGACGUGUGGAGGCCUCCUCUUCCUGAUCUCCAGCAUCUGCUUGUUCUGGUGGGCCAAGCGCCGGGAUAUGCUGCACCUGCCCAAGUUCCUGCAGGGCAAAUGCAACCUGUCCAGGACUGUGUCUCUGUUAUCCAAGGACCGGGGGACUCUGAGUGAAAAGAAGGCAUCCAUGGGCAGCACGCAAGCUUCCGUGCCUUUGGAGGGGACCUUGGAUAUCUCGGGAGCCACUGAAGGGGAAGGGACAGAAGGGGGUGAAGAAACGGAAGGGGGGGAAGAUGAUGCUUAGGGGCACCCUGGGGGGACCCCUCAAUACAGAUAUAGCACAUAGACAUUUGAUCUCUUUUCUGAGAGCCAUGGGAGCAGGAGGCAGAUAAGACCCAGAGUCAGGGAGAGAGAGAGAGUUUGGGGAGGGGUCCUGGGGUGAGUGAUGGGGAGCUGGACUGUGAUCAUGGGGUGUAAGAGCUGAGCGGGUAGAAUGAGAGGGGUCUGGGGAUAAGUGGGAGGGAUCUGAGCUGAAGGGGACCUGGGCAGAUGAGGGCCCCAGGCUGAUUGAGGGAGACUGGGCUGUGAUUAUGGGGUAUUGGGACUGAGGUGGUGUGAAAUGAGGAAUUUGGGGGUUAAGUGGGGGUGGCCUGGGCUGAUGGGACUGAGGGUAGCUAGGCUGAGGGACGCCUGAACUGGGCUGGGUGGGACAUGCUGCAGCCAGGGGGAGGUGCCCCUCAGCACUCUUCCUGCAGGGAGCACCACUGCCUGACAGCCUCUGCUGCCCCAGCAGGGGACUGUGCUCCCCACCUCCCCACCUGCAUCGGACAGGCUUCCCACCAAUGUCUGAGCAUGGCCAGGGAUCUGCAGGUCUUGUGCCUCCCCCAGCAGGUGAUGUAGCUCUCAGACCCCUCGUGGGCUAGCGGAAAUUUUCUUGGAAGUAUGUUCCAGUUCAACACUUGUCCUGCCCAUCCCUCCUUCCUUGCCCCUCUCCUUUCUCAGAGCCAGACCCGCGCCAACCUCCACUGCAUAAGUCUUUCCUCCAGCAAAUAUUUUGCAAGUCUAAUUUGUCCCUCCUCUUCUUGGAGGGCCCCAAACUAACAGAGGGGCCUGGGCAGAGGGAGGUCUGAACAGAGAGGGUGGGUCUUGGCUCGAGACCCUUUGGGAGAGGCCAGCA